AACACUAACAACUGUAAGAAAGUGCAGCCACUCUACUGCGUCUUUGCGGGCACAGCUUUGGGUCGGGGCAGAAAAGCGCACGGGCGGCCACACAUUACGCGCAACAAACACUCCGGAACUUUGUACAAGAACUGCGAAGAUUACCGAAUCCCAUUCAUUGGAAGGAUUAUUAUUAUGUGUUCAAAAGCCGCUACUUCAUGCUGAGCGUCAUCUGUCGCUGCUUGAGUGUCCAGGGACAUGAAACUCAGUCCACAACAAGCUCCAUUAUAUGGCCGGUGUGUUGUCACGGUGCAGCUCACUGAUGAGGAGCUGGCUGUGGCAGAUGAGAGGCAUAAGUACUUCCUGCUCUUCAAUGGCAGCACAAAGCGGCACCUGACCAGCACCCACAGGAGCAGCCAUGACACUCUACAGGCCCUGUGUCCUGCUCAUGACUGCUGUGAGGCUGUGCUUGUCACGCUGUGCUCCAUCAGUCCAUCCUCAGAGGGCCAUGCUGGUCAUGUGACUCCACUGGCAGAGCACCGCUUCUGUUUUGUCCAGGACUUGGCCUUCGACAUGGCCCAGUUUCUGGUGAGCACUGCAGGGCGGACUGAUGGCCUGGAGGGGGCGCUGCUGCUGGAUGAGUGUCACAUUCCUCUGAGGGAGUGUGAACGCUUGGAUGACAGCCUCGCUCUGGCUCUGCACCACCUAAUACUGCCCCCAGGAUGGAGCUUACUUGGCAGCAAACUGUCCAACAGCACAGACUUGGACCCUCAGGAGACUCUGUUGCACUUUUCGUCCCGUCGAGGUCUGUUCCAGGUGACUCAGUUUCUGCUACAACAGCCUGGAGCAAAAGAAGCUUUGAAACUGACCAACAGACAAGGAUACACUCCUUCAGCCAUUGCAGCCUUGAAAGGCCAUGACUGCCUGCAUGAGCUCCUUAUUAGGGCUGAGAAGGACAUAGAGGCGUGCAACCAGACUGAGACUGUACAGCUGGUCUCUACAGACGCCCAGUUAGUUUGCCACCUCCCUCGCCUGAGUACCCACACUCUUACCCUGAGCAUCGUACCAGGCCGCGACCCUCCCAGCCUUCAGAGGAGCGUAGAACAGCUGCUGCACUUGAUAUGUCAUCUUCAUGCCAAGGGAGUUUCUACACUAGAGCUACAGUUUGACUCUCUGCACACGGCUGCCGAAUGUUGUGAGGAUAUAGAGACUGAGAUAACCUCAGUGGAGCGACUACACACUGCCACAGCACCAGAGUGCCUGGAUAAAAGAAAACAAGGGAGUGGGAAUGAAAACUGUUCUGUGGGAAGCAGCCAGAGCAGUGCUGACUGUGGACAUGAUGAGAAUGGGAACUCAGAAACAGACUGGAGCUUUUGUGGGGGGACCCCAGAGGUAGAAAAUCCCGAGCAACCUGGCCUUAGCCCCACACAGAACUGGGUGUGCCGUGCUUCAAAUGCUGGAAGUGAUUACCAGAGAGCAGAGGAAGAGGGAAGGCAACGGCCAGUCUGCUCCUCUCACAGUCUGUGUGAUAGGAGUGGAGCACAUGAGGAGACAGUGUGUGUGGGAACCGUGCCUCCAGCAGCAGAAGACACUGAUACGAGAAACACUGGGAUCCAGGAAGGACAGGAGGCCACAGAGAGGAGAGAGAGAUCUGAGCAGGAAACUGCGCACAGUGGAGACAGAACACAUGGUUCAGAGGAGACCGAGCCUACUGAACUAAUAACAUCCAGUGAAGCCACGACCGCCUCCACCAUGGGCCAAUCCCCUUCUACUGAAUGUUCUGAUAUGUCUGAUACAUCUGACUGUGAAUUAAAGGACAGUUACAAAGAGGAAGAUGACACAGGUGAGCCUAGUGUAACAGAAGAGGAGAAACAAAACACUAAAGAGUUAAAUGACUUUAGCUGUGCCUCGGGGGACCAAAGCCUACCGCUGACAGACUGUGGUGAUGUAAUCGCAGUGUGUGAUAGUGCUUUUCCACCUCUCCUGAUAGAGGGCCUCCAUGAGGGGGAACCUCCACCCCACACAAACAGCCUGGAACAAAACCAGGAAACAGCUGGUAGGGAUUAUGCUCUGGAGCAGCAGUGGGGCUUGACUCCAGAAACAGGUUGUCAUUCUGGGAAUUGUAGCGGGAUAUCAACUGGUGAGGAAUAUGUUCAGUGCACAGAGGAUACUUCUGCUGAAAUUGUGCAUAAAAUUCAAAGCACUGACGUGCCUACAGAGGAACUAAACCACCUGGAAGAAACAUCUGUCUCUGAUUUUCAGACUGAUAUCUUUUUGGGACCAUGUCAAAUUGUGCCUAACGCUGAAGUGACACCGCAUGCUCAUGUUGAGGUAGAGACGAUUCACGUUACAUCUAGUGAUGAUGAUGCCAGUUUUCAAUCAGUGGGAAGCUCAACAAAUGAGAUUUUUCAUCCAUCGGACCAAGCCCGAACUGAGGGGCAGUCUCCUACAGGACUCAGGACUGAAGAGCCACUUGUUGAGAAGUCUUGUGACAUAGAUUCACUCACAGUGGGUGCAGAACUGCCUUCAGAUUCUGCCAUUGUCAAUACUCGGACAGUGCCCGACUGCAGCCAGACUGGCACUGGGCCUGGACUUCAACUGUCACCCAGUUCUCAUACAAUGGAGUCUUUGAUUAUUGCGGCCAAAGAAGGCGAACUGUCCCCUGACCCUUCCACAGAAGAGCUGCUAGAGGAGACACGGGCUGAGAAUUGGGUCUCAUCAGCAAUAAAAGCUGAUGGUAGCCAAAAUGCAUUUAACAGCUCAGACAGAAAUGUGUUUACAGGCAAUUCAACAUCAGAGGAUGCACAUGUCUCACUAGCUCCAGCUCUUGAAAUAUCUAAUUGUGACAUCAAAACUUUGCAAAACUGUGAAACUCCUGCAUAUGAAAUCAAAGAUACAAAUAUGACAAUUGAGGAAUUACCACAUUCAGGGAAUACCACUACUUUAUCCGCACCUCAGUCCACUGCAUUAUCUGAUGGUCUGUAUGACAUUUCAACCAAAACUUUUUCAGCCCAGUUAAACAGCAAUGUGACCAGUGAACCUCAUAGAGAAGAGGGAUUAUUGACCCACUCGUCAGACUGCGUGCAUGGAGCCUCAGAACCACAGGACAGCCUGGCACAAGAUGUGGAGGAUAGAGGAGCAGACGAAGAGGGCAGUGACACUGCUGUGGAGAACGCUUCUUUGAUCCACCGAGACAGAGAGGCGACUCGUGGGCCAUGCAACGCUCUGCAAUCAGAAUCCUCCCAGACUUUUGUGCUACCAACCAGGUCCCACAGUGCAAAGAGCUGCCCAUCCGCAUAUCACAGAGACUCUGGCAGUGAUUUAGAGAGCUUCAUCACUGCAGAGUCCGAAUAUGACGGCAUCCUCAGAAAGAGAGAUGAGACAGUGACUGGAGGGGACAGUGCCAGUGAGGUGUCAGUCUCGUGCUCCUCCACAGACGAAACUGCCAGCAUUGGGCCGUCCAGCUCCAGCCCGGAGGGGAGCCAGGGCCUGGGCCACUGCCACUGGAGCCCAGAGGAGAGGCUAAAAGCUGGACCCAACACCCCUGACAGCACUGCAGGAGAGGCUGAGGAAGAGGCCAAAGACAGAGUGACAGAGGUGCCACGGCGCUCCUGUCUGUUACGGAACAGCCACCGCUCCAUCUCACCUCUACGCCGCCACAGCUGGGGCCCCGGCAAGAACUACACUGGAGACGUGGAGAUGAACCGCAGCUACAGUCUGGAGGGGCUGAGUGGAGUUCAGGAGCAACUGAGAGGUCCUUCCAGACAGGGCCCACAGAUCCUGGAACCUUCAGUUACCUCUAAUAAUGACAGCGAUGAGCGAGGCUCGCUGAUGUCACUGACCGAGGAGCCAGAGGAGAGGGUGCAGCUCCGCAGACUGGACAAACAGAAGUCACAGCGGUAUCGGCCCAUGCGUAACAGCUGUCCUCCCAUAACCCUGCCACUCACCAAGUCUGUAUCAAUGCUUGCCAUCAGCCACCGAGACAUUGAUGGCUUGCGGCCGUUUUCAUGCACCUCAGGAACUCUAGCAUACAGUAUAUCAGAGGAGGAGCCUGGCCCUCUCCGCACCGACACGGAAGAAAAGAAUUUGACAAAAGUUGGUCGGACCUUCAGCUACCUCAAAAGCAAAAUGUACAAAAAGACCAGGGAAAAGGAGCGGGAAAAGAAAGAGAAGGAAGGCAAGGAAAAGGACAAGAAGUCCAUAAAUGGUCAUGUGUUCAGCUCUGUGUGCUUGUCCCAAUCCAGCCAGUGCUCCCAGUGCAAUAAGACAUUAACCAGCAAAGAGGCUUACCUCUGCACAUACUGUAAUGCUUCCGUCCACAAAGGCUGCCGAGACAGCCUCCCGGUCUGUUCCAAGGUGAAAAUGAAGUUACCCAAACAGCAGUUAGCUUUACCAGAUUCAAGCUCAUUUCCUGCUGUCACCAUGAGAAACAAAACUGGCGCUACAAGGGAACGUCCCUGGUCAGCCAUCUUGUCACCUGAAGACCAUUCCUCCCUGAUGAUCCCAUCUCGGAGACAGGCAAGCCUGAUGUUUCAUGGAAACAACCUCUCUAAAAGUCUGUCAAUAAGCAACAUUGCUGGUCCUGUAUUUGAUGAAAUGCCUAUACGGACCCUGCGCUACCUCUCUCAGUCCACGGACUCUCUGAACAGAACCAACCAAGUCACAGAGUCCAUGGAGUCGCUCACAGAUGAAGGCACAGAGAUGAUGGAUGGUCAGCUGAUGGGCGAGUUUGAGGCUGAUGCCAAAGAGCUGGAGGCCGACUCGUGGAGUUUAGGAGUGGACCAGCACUUUCUGCAGCAACUUGGCAAAGACUUGGUCAAACGACAAGACAUCAUUUAUGAGCUGAUGCAGACAGAAAUGCACCACAUCCGCACACUGCGCAUCCUUUCUGAAGUGUACAGUAAGGGCCUGCAGAAGGAGGUCCAGCUGGAGGCACACACACUGGACAGACUGUUCCCUGCUCUGGAUGAACUGUUGGAGCUACACACACAGUACCUGCUACGGCUACUGGAGAGAAGGAGGGGCUGCCAGCAGGAGGGAGGGAGCACAGACGGGGCAGUCAUCAUCCACAGCAUAGGAGAUAUCGUGCUCAGUCAGUUCUCAGGUUCCAAUGGUGACAGCAUGAAAAGGGUCUAUGGAAAAUUUUGCAGCUGUCACAAUGAAGCUGUCAAUUUCUACAAAGAUCUACUGACAAAAGAUAAACGUUUCAAGACAUUUAUCAAAAAAAAGAUGAGUUGCAGUAUAGUGCGGAGGCUUGGUAUCCCAGAAUGCAUCUUGUUGGUGACCCAGAGGAUAACAAAGUACCCUGUUCUCUUCCAGAGGUUAUUGCAGCACACUAAAGAGGGUAGCGAGGACUAUGAGGAUCUGACUGAAGCUCUCCGGUUGGUGAAGGAGGUGAUUGCUGCUGUGGACGGGAAGGUGAACGAGCACGAAAAGAGGCAGAGGCUCAAAGACUUCCACAGCCGCAUGGAGACCAAGUCCAUCAUGAUGAUGAAGAGCGGGCAGAUCUUUGCCAGGGAGGAUCUGCUGAGGAGGAGGCUAAUUCACGAUGGACCUCUGCAGCUCAAAAGCAGUCAGGGAAGACUGAAAGAAGUCCAUGCUUUACUUCUAUCUGAUGUCUUCGUCUUCCUUCAUGAAAAGGACCAGAAAUAUGUCUUUGCCAUGCUGGACCAGCGCUCCACAGUCAUCUCCCUCCAGAAGCUGAUCGUCAGGGAGGUGGCCAACGAGGAGCGCGGCCUCUUCCUCAUCACAGCGGGCAUCGAGAAGCCGGAGAUGAUGGAGGUGCUGGCCAGCUCCAAGGAUGAACGCAAUAGCUGGAUGCAGAAGAUACAGGAGGCUAUGCAGUCCAUGGACAAAGAUGAGGAUGAAGGAAUUCCUAGUGAGACAGAAGAUGACAAGCGGCAAUUGGAGACCAAAGCUCGUGAGAUGAGAGACAUGCUGAGGCAGAAGGACACAGAGAUCUUGUCUCUGCUGGAGCAGAAGGUGCGCCUCUUCAGGGGCAUGUGGGAGGGUCUGAGCUCUGCAGAGGAGAGCAGUCGGCAGGUGGGGCCUUUCUUCAGGUCAGACAGCAGCCAGGAGCCACCCCGGGGGGCAGCCAUCAUGAAGGAUGCUCUUCAGGAAGUGGAGACAUUACAGGCUCUGGUGAAUGGCAGUCUGGGAGGGGCUAUGGCCAGUAUCCAGGAGGGAGGAGGAGUGGGGCCAGUGUGCCUACCCCGCCGCGCGGAGACCUUUGGAGGCUUUGACAGUCAUCAGAUGCUCAACAGCAAGAGUGGAGACAAAGAUGAAAGCCUAGAGACAGCAGGAGAUCUUCGCAGGACAGAAUCUGACAGUGUACUCAAGAAGGGAGUAAAUGCCAACCCUCUGCUCAUGCUGAAGAGGAACAGUGAGCAGGUCCUCCGUAGUGUCUCCAGUCUACAUCUCCUGCUCAGCUCCCUGCAGGCGGUGGUGGUGCAGCAGGACAGUUUCAUAGAAGACCAGCGGCAGGCCUUGAGUGAGCGCUCGUCCUCGACUCUGUCUUUAUCUCGGCCCUCCUCCAGACCUAGCUCUCUGAUCGAACAGGAGAAGCAGCGCAGCCUGGAGAAGCAGAGGCAGGAGCUGGCCUCCCUGCAGAGACAACAGGCCGCUCACGCUGACGAGAAGAGGAGGAAGGAGAGGGAAUGGGAGCAGAGGGAGCAGCAGCUUUCUGACAGGGAAGCUCUUAUGCAUGUACAGGAGGAGGAGAUCCUACAGCAGCACAAUAAGCUGGAGAAGGAGAAACAGGAACUGCAGAACAGAAAGGAGGAGUACCAGAGGGACCUGGAAAGGCUACGAGAUGCCCAGAGGAAACUAGAGAGAGACAGGGAGACAGUGCAGAGGCAGCUCCACAGGAUGGAUGAGCUGCGCCUGGCAGAGAGGACUCCCUCUACGACAUCAGAUGAAUCGCAGCUCCUCGGCAGCUCUCAGUCUUUGGAGCUGGACCCCCUGGAUUUCAGUUCUGUGCCCCGGCAGCAGUCUCAGAGGCAGAGCAAGUCUAAGGGGAAAGGACUCAAUCCGUUCACCUCAUCAAACACAAGCUGUAAAAACAGUGACACCAACAACCAGCUCUCCAGAAGUCUACUGCAGCUGGCCAAGAACAAGGGCAAAGAAGGCAAGGAUAAGGACAAAAAGAAGAAGAAGAGCAAGGGGGCUCCAUCAGCAGAUGGUCAGCACCUGCAGGAAGGACCUUUGGAUGGAGAGAUUUUCUUCUGCUAAAGACUAUAAAUCAAGAACAUUAACAGCAUUUGCUUAGGAGUUAAAUUGCAGCACAAUGCAAUGCAAAGAACACAUUGAAUUUUAUUGUAUUCUAUGAGAAUACUGUUCUUUAAAAUAACCUAUCUUUGGUUCUAUCCUGCUUGCAGUCCACCCCAUGUUACCAUUUUAGUCCUUGGAAAUUUACUUUGAAUGAUUUUUAAGGAUCAGACCAGGAUUUUGACCAGAAUGGUCAAAAAUUCUCUAUAGUGACUGAAUGGAAUCCUACCUUCCCCUUUCACAUGGGAUAACAAUAUAGAUGCACUUUGAUGUUUGGUAAAAUCUUACUUACAAUCUUUAGGUAUGUGUUUACAAAUUAAGUCAAUCACCGUGAAAACCCUCCUCCUUUUCCAAAGAUUCAGUUACAAGGCUAUGACUGAAACCACAGAUAAAUCUUGUGUCUUGGUUGACAGAUGAAACUGUGUUUUGCAGAUCUGUUUUUUUCUGUUUUUAUGACAUUUUUUAUUCUAUUACUCCUUUUGCUCUCAGAAAAUUGGCUUUUGUCCUAUAAUUGAAUCUGAUUUGUAAGCUGAAUAGAAGUGUUCCAUUUAGAAACCCUUCCUAACAACUUUAAAUCAUCACUCAUGCUUCUUGAUGAGUAUUUAAUGUUUGAAUUAUGAGUAUAUCAUAGUGGACUAAAGCUCCACACAUGUGCGCGUCUGUUUUUCAGACUCAACAGUAAUGAAAGGACUGAGACAUUUCUCUGGGUGUCUAAUGGCUCCAUUCAGAUCCUUGAGCGUGUUGUGGAGCCUUGGAUGAGUAUUAGCCUGAUCCGCACUUUAUCUGCCUGUCUGAGGGCUUUUAUGUGACCGUCAUCUUUCAUCUGAGUCGGGGCUUUCCUUCCGUUUUUAAUUGCAUGUAACACCGCAGGUCGCAUACUAAUGCUGUCUCAGUCUUUUAAAAGUUCAACUGUUGUUUGCAACCUCCAUCUUUGAUUUCUGCUAAUAGAGUCUGUACAUGCACAGCGAACAUUUCAUCAAACAGUGUUAAUUAAGGAUAAAACCAAAGUUAGAGGAGACGAAAUGGUUUAUUAACUGCUGAUAUAAAACACCCCCGUUAAGAUAUGGCCUGACAAGACCUGCUCUGUAGGUGCAACUGAAUUUUCACUCUAUAGUAAUCAGUGUUGCUAAGCACUUCAGCCCUUAAUACAUUUUAAUUGCUAUGUAAUGUCUGAAUGUAAAAUUAUGGUUCAAAAUGGUUGGACAACAUCUGGUAACACUCAAGAAUAACAUACACGUCAAAGUUUUUAACAUGAUCAAAUGUAUUUAUCUUUCUGGGAGAAGUCUGACUGUCGUAUGUAUUAAGGUGAUACUCUCUGGGUCAACUUUCUUUGAUGUACCCCCACCUUAAACAAAAUAAUUACUUAUACUUUUACCAUGAAUCUUGUAGAAGUGGAAAAUUAAUUAACAAAUUGUCCUAAUACUAUUCGAAAGUAUUACCAAUAUUCCAAAAUCCACAAUAUACACUAAUAAUCCCCAAAUAUACACGCAAGACUUGAAUGGUUAAGAGUAUGACUAAAAUGUUCAAGUUACAUUUGAAGCCACUUUCUGCCUGCUGGUCGGGCGGCAUACACAAAGCAGUCUCAGUAUCACAGAGGCAGCAGUGGACUACAGAGCAGUCUCACUCUAAACCUCUCCUCUGUUCUUUUUUAAGUGCAGUUUGUUAACUUGCUGUCUUUGUGAAGAAUUGGUCUUCUGGUCUUGGCUGGUUUAUUACAGUGGUGUCGGCUAAGAGGCUUACACGGCCAGCCAAUUAGUUGCUCCAUGUCCUCUGUUUAUGGGUAUUGCUGUAAUCCUGUCAAAGAAACAAGACAAAUACAUUUUUUUUAACAAUAUCCCCUUGUGGCCAACAGGUGGCACUGCACCCACUGAAACUCAACUUCCCUAAAAGUCUGAAACAAUUUAAUUUUGUUGUUUUUAAAUAUGUAAUCCCCGCUGUUAGAAUUGUCAUAUUUUUCCCAGCAGGUCAUUGCCGCUUUGCAGAUAAUGUGAUGAGCGUGGGCCCUGCGCUCGAUGACAUUUCCCCCACACUGCAUUUGUAAUUGACUGCGUGAAACAAAUAAGUUGUCACAGUUGUAAUUGGUUAUUCAGUUGAAAUCAGUCCAAUAUGUAAGGGCUCUGGGGAACGUCUGUGUACACGACAAUCACCAAUAGAACGAACUCCCUCCCCCACGAUGAUCGCUUUGUCUAUGAGAUGAGUGUGUCCAUCUCCCCAUAGCCUUAAAUCAGGACCAUAAAAUGCACUAAAGCAGAACCCAUCUUCUCCAGGGAGGGGAGACGUUUGAUUUAUUUUUUUUUUACCUCGGCGAAGAAAAGACGGAAACGUUUUUUUGUACUGUAAAAAGUGGUACAUAAAACAUUCCAAAUCAUCCUGUAAAAAAGGGCAAUGUGUAAAUAUGAUUCAUGUACAAAUCAUUAUGUAAAAAAAAGAAUUGUUUUGUCAGUGAUUUAUUUUGUAUGAAUGUUUUAUUUAUGUUUUAUCGUCAUUUUCAGUGUGACGGGCAAUGUAAAAAUGAUGCAUAUUUCUCAUAAUAAAACAUGUCACAAUAGAUU